AUGCGGCUUUAUGCGUCUUCAAUACGAAGUGCUGCUGAUGCAAUGUGGUUAGGUCGAGUUACCUAUACAGAUGGAUUAAAACAGCAAUGCUAUUAUGUUGAUAAACUGCUUGCUUCACGGAAAAUGAAAUCUGAUUUGAAGAAGAGCUACUUAUUGUUACUGGAACAUACACCUGUUUAUACUGUUGGCAUAAGGCACUUUCAGUAUAAUGAAGAUGAGGAAAACCGGUUGAAGAAAUUGGGAGCUGACUUUUACCGGACCAAACGAGGUGGACUCAUCACAUUUCAUGGCCCUGGCCAGCUUGUUGUUUAUCCUAUUAUUGAUCUUCAUCUAUUAAAUGUAAAAGGUCCCGACCAGAACUCCACUUUUGUAGGUGUUCGGCGUUAUGUGCAUCUUAUUGAAGAGGUAGUCAUCAAAACUGUGCAUAGUUUCGGCUUGCUGGAUGCAGGUCGAUCAUCCAAUACAGGAGUUUGGCUAGCGAACGGUAUGAAAAAAAUAGCGGCGAUUGGUAUAAAUGUUUGUAAUGGCAUUGUUAGUCAUGGUUUAGCGCUUAACUGUAAUACAGAUUUGAAUUGGUUCCGUCAGAUUGUACCUUGUGGUUUAGUUGGAAAGCAAGUUACUUCUUUGACACAAGAGUUGGGAAGAAAUGUUUCAGUCAAUGAUGUUUUUCCAAUUUUGUGCGAGAAAUUUACCGAAGUAUUCCAUUUUGAUGUAAAAAUUCGUAGUCCGGAUAAGUUUUGUGAAAAAGAUUUUCAGCUUUGA